UGCUGAGGAAGAAGAAAAAACUCGCAACCAUGUUCGUUUAAAUACUUACUGAUGUAACGUUAACUCGUGAGUUAAGGAACCCUAAUGUAUUUAGCUAGACUACAACAAGAGGGUGAAGAUCGUUUUGUAAGCAUUGUCAGCUAGCUACCUAGAUAAUAUCUGUUGCUUUAUUUCAUAUUUUGUUGACGUCUGAGACAAGCGAGUCAUCAGUCUGUGUCAGAGCCCCAUGGAUCAAUGUGUGAACGUGGAGCGUGAGUUGGAGAAAGUGCUACAGAAAUUUUCGAGCUAUGGACAGCACUGCGAUAGGACACUAGAGGAGCUUGUCGAGUACACCAGCGGGCUCAAGCAGGAAAUCUUACAAACGAGUGGUGAGGACCCAGAACUGCCCGGUACCCUGACGCUGGUGCUGUCCCAGUGCUGCAAGCGGGUGAAGGACACGGUGCAGAAGCUGGCAUCCCACCACAAAGACAUCCACAGCAGCGUGUCCCGUGUGGGAAAGGCCAUCGAUAAGAACCUGGACUCAGACCUGGGCAGUGUGGGCAUCGAGGGCUGCUGGCAGACGGAGAGCCAGCAGCUGCUCAGUGAGGUCAUGGUGGAGCACUUCUUCCGCCAGGGCGUGCUAGACGUGGCGGAGGAGCUGUGCCAGGAAGCAGGACUCUGCAUCGACCCCACUCAGAAGGAGCCCUUCGUAGAGCUAAACCGAAUACUAGAAGCGCUCAAACUCCGAGAUCUGAGACCUGCGUUAGAGUGGGCAGUGGAGAACCGUGAAAUGCUCGUGGCCCAGAACAGCUCCCUAGAGUUCAAGCUGCACAGACUGAAUUUCAUCACGCUGCUGAUGGGAGGAACAGCCAAUCAGAGAGAGGCGCUUCAGUAUGCCAAGAACUUUCAGCCUUUCGCGCUCAACCAUCAGAAAGACAUUCAGGUGCUGAUGGGCAGCUUGGUCUAUCUGCGGCAGGGGAUCGAGAACUCCCCCUACGUCCACCUGCUGGACUCCACCCAGUGGUCAGACAUCUGCGACAUCUUCACACGAGAUGCCUGCUCCCUGCUGGGCCUGUCUGUGGACUCGCCCCUCAGUGUCAGUUUUUCUGCGGGCUGUGUGGCCCUGCCUGCACUGAUUAACAUUAAAGCAGUCAUUGAGCAGCGGCAGUGCAUAGGCGUGUGGAACCAGAAGGACGAGUUACCUAUUGAGGUGGACUUGGGCAAGAAGUGCUGGUACCAUUCUGUGUUUGCCUGCCCAAUCCUGAGACAGCAGACCACUGACAACAACCCACCCAUGAAGCUGGUGUGCGGACACAUCAUCUCAAAGGAUGCGCUCAACAAAAUGAUCAAUGGAAGCAAGUUGAAGUGUCCCUAUUGUCCAAUGGAGCAAGUACCGGCAGAUGCAAAGCAAAUCUACUUCUGAAAGGUGGACUUGCAGCUCUCUGAAGCUGAGCGAGUGAGGGACUGAGUCUGUAUGCGUAUGGGUGUGGGUGUGGGGGGUGUGUGCAUGUGUGUGUGUGUUGUACUGUAGGAUGUUGGUUUAGGAAACUGUGCCAAUAUGUAGAAAUACUAACGCGCACGCUUGAUUUGGAGAGACAUAGUGACUGUUCUGUGCUUCUUAUCCACAACCAUCCGAAGAGGCAACACCAGCACUGUCAGAUGGUUUAUUUAGUGAAAGACAUAUCUAUACAUAAUUAUUUUUUAACAAAAUCAAUCUGAUGAUUUUUUUCUUCUCUUGAAAUAUCAGUAUAUCAUCAUAUUGAUAUGCUUAUGUGUCAUCCUUUGAGAAUAUUGCUGUGGAAUGUUUUUUUUUUUCUCUGAAAAAUGUAUAUACAAUUGCCUAAAUGUAUAUGUAGCUAGUACUACUGCUACUGGUUUGCAAUACUAUUUUUCAUUGAUGAUAAGUUGUUUAAUGUACAGAGACAAGUGGAAAUUGCAGCCCGUGGGCCUCAAAUAUUUAAAAUGUAUUGAUAAUUUAUAUUAUUGUUUCAUUGCGGAGGACUGGCUAGAAUUGUUUCUUUGCUUUAAUGAUCAUUAAUGUUUUUGUGUAAUACUAUAUCUAGUAAUUAUAGACCUUUUGAAAAUGCAGAC